AUGUCUCAACAGAACACUCCUAAAACCCAGGAAGAACCUAUCCUUCCAGGAAACCCCACUCCCGAAGUAAAAGCCCUUGCGGUCCUCAUACCCUCAGUGAACAACUCCAUGCUAACUGGGGACCUCGUCGGGACUCCUCCCCCCCACACACACCCCGAAAAUGGGCAGGCCCUGACGGCCCCCUUGAUAGAGGAGCCAGACGGCUUUCCCAUGAGUACACUCAGCCCGGUAUCAGAGAUAGGGAAACCUCUCACCGCAGAGAUCCCGAGUGCGCAACCAAACACCAGAGUCCGCCACGCCACUGAGCCCGAGGAGCGGAUCCCCCCCAGAUGGAACCUCUCUGCGAGCGGCCCGUCCCGCCAUUUUGGCCUCUUACAUGGAGGUUGCGCGCUCACGCUGACGAGCGCGCAAGCUCUUCGCCAUGCGUCCCAGAGCCUGGACUUUUACCCCUCGCCAGGAUCCAACUACAGUCCCAAUGCGAUCACCGCGGCCAAAACUGCUGCGCUCGCUCCCCAGACAGGCCUCACCUACCACCACCAGAUCGGUGGCCCUGAGUAUCGCAACUAUGCCUCAUUCAAUGGACAGCACCUCCCCGAAGACUUCCCCAUGGAACCCCCUUCAUCGAUGGCACUAGUUCCUACACCGCGCCCUGCCACCAGCCUCCCGAGCCUGCCCAUGAUGUGCAAGGUCGAUCUGCUGAAGGAGUCGAAGGCCAUUCCUAACCCACAGCCUGUCCCCAUGGACGAAGAUGCUCCCGUGCCCACAAGGCCACCACACAGCCAUAAACAGCGCACAUUAACGGCAACUGCCCUUCAGCACAGCCGCCGCAAAAUGCUGGCACAGCUGGAUGGCACGGACUCUGGAUCAGCCUCCUCUCGUCCCCCCCAAUCGUCGACUGCCGACACCGCGGACAUCACGUUCACUCCUAAGCCAUCAUCCGUGUUCCCUAAGGUUCAUGGCGAGAAGCCAGUGGACACCCUUUUCAGACAAGAGAUGUCACAGCGAAACCUCUGGAUCCGCAACGCUGACUCUGAUCCGCGGGUAGCCAUCCAAGUAUACGAGUGCUGCGCCUCGGACAAGAAGGUUAACAUCUUGAAACAAGAGACCCUCCAGCGCACCCUGUGCUCACUCUUCCACCAUACCGGAAUCGAGGUGGAGAUCCCCGUGCCCGAAGUUAACGAGAGAUUGAAGGACCCGAAUUAA